CCGCCAUCCGUACUCGCGUUUAUUAAGUACUGUUUGUUUUAGAUGUAAUAAUCCGAUGCAUUUAAUAUGCUUCAAGCAAUGGACAGCGGAAAUGGUGGAGGAUAUUAUAUCGAGCGCAAUUAAUCUGAAGUUUUCUGUUUGGGAUACACAUUUUAAAAAACUGAACGUAUUGAAAAAUGCCAAAGUAAUGUUACUACAAGAGGUCAAUGAGCCAACUCUUAAUUUGGCAGUGUCAAAAGCCGCGUCUCUUAUGGGCGCAACAGACGUCUCUAUAAAGGAUAAAUUGGUAUGGGAAUACGAUUACCUCGGCAGAGUGUUCUCUAUGAUGUGUGAUAUAAUAUUUGUGUCGACAUCGACACAUGGAUGUGUGGGACGCUUUGCCGAACAGUCUUCGGUACCAGUAAUGUGCGUCAGGUCGCGCGCCCACGCCAGCCUGCAAGCAUUGGCUACCAUCAUGACUAUCAUAGAGGAAUACGGCACAAUGAACUGUAUUGAUAUCGCGUAUAUCGGCAAGGCCCAUCCUGUACUUAACUCUUAUCUUCUGCUGUGUCCGAUGCUAGGGGCCAACUUGAAGUUCAAAUGUUGCUGCGAUAAAUGUCCAGUCAGUCCACUUCUGUACAAAGCUAGUGAAGAUAUGACAAAAAAAAGUCAAACAGUAGUCAAGCAGUGUAAACAUAAGGAUGAUGUACUACACCAAUCUUGUGUGGUUAUCGCCGGUCCCGCCACUAACAAGGAAGAUAAAAUAAAGGAGUUCAAGUUUGGCGUUGAGGACAUAAAAAGAUGUAAUAAUGUAAACAAGUGGAUAUUCUUCCACACUUUACCCAGAGGUGCGGAGAUAGAUGAUCAGUUAUUUAUGCAUAUGAAUGCAAGGACUUUUAAUGCAUUUAACAAUAUGCAAUAUAUUGCUGCGGCUUUGAUGGCUAAAGCUGUACAGGGCCAUGUGUUUUAAAUAAACUAGUUGAAAUUCAGUGUGUUUGUGUUUAACUUGGAUCCUUAAUCCACAACUUUAUACCAAAUUAAG